UUCCUUGAGGGCGUCGCUGAUAUUCAGUUGAUUAGCUUUACUCUUUAAUUCGUUCUCAGUCGAAAAUCAUAACCCCUGUUUGGAGCUGGGAUUUUGAUUUCAAUGGCGCGGUUGGUUCUGCCAUCAAAGACUCUGGCUUUUUCGAGGAAGAGUAUACUGGGCUUGAUCUCCACUGCUCCUCUUCAGGCAACUAGCCGUGUUAACUUUGUUGAGAAUACAACAAAGAAUAGCAUCAUAUUGAGGCGUUUCCUUACUUCACAGGUCAUUUUCCGAAAGAGCUGCUGCCCAUUUCACCCUUCAUUUUCUUCUACAGUCAAGCAAGUGAACCGAAGGCUAGUUUGUUCAGUUGCCACAGAGGACUUGCCCAAGCAAGUUGAAGAACCUAAUAUGGAGACACCGAGAGAAAUAUUCUUGAAGGAUUACGAGAUGCCUGACUACUACUUUGACACAGUGGAUCUGAGAUUUUCCUUGGGUGAGGAGAGCACAAUGGUUAGCUCAAAAAUUACCGUGUUUCCUCGCAUUGAAGGUUCUUCUCCCCCACUUCUUUUGGAUGGACAUGACUUAAAAUUGAUUUCAAUUCAGCUAAAUGGCAAAGCCUUGAAGGAGGAAGAUUACCAUUUGGGUGCACGAGAUCUAACCAUCCAUUCACCUCCUAGUGGUAAAUUUGUUCUAGAAAUCAUAAAUGAGAUCUACCCACAGAGGAACACAUCCUUAGAGGGACUUUACAAGUCGUCUGGAAAUUUCUGCACUCAAUGUGAGGCUGAAGGAUUUCGUAAAAUUACAUUUUAUCAGGAUCGACCUGAUAUAAUGGCAAAAUAUACUUGUCACAUUGAGGCAGAUAAAUCAUUGUACCCGGUGUUGUUGUCUAAUGGAAACCUGAUUGAGCAAGGGGACUUGGAGAAUGGGAAGCAUUAUGCUGUUUGGGAGGACCCCUUCAAAAAGCCUUGCUAUUUGUUUGCUUUGGUUGCUGGGCAGUUACAGAGUAGAGAUGACACAUUUAUCACACUCUCAGGACGCAAGGUAUCUCUAAGGAUCUGGACCCCUGCAGAGGAUGUACCCAAGACUGCACAUGCCAUGUAUUCUCUAAAGGCAGCUAUGAAGUGGGAUGAAGAUGUUUUUGGUCUUGAAUAUGACCUGGAUCUCUUCAAUAUUGUUGCUGUCCCUGAUUUUAACAUGGGAGCCAUGGAAAACAAGAGUUUGAAUAUCUUCAACUCCAAGCUUGUUUUGGCAUCUCCAGAAACUGCUACUGAUGCAGAUUAUUCUGCAAUAUUGGGAGUUAUUGGGCACGAGUAUUUCCACAAUUGGACCGGCAACAGAGUGACUUGUCGUGAUUGGUUCCAGCUUAGCCUGAAGGAAGGUCUCACUGUUUUUCGUGAUCAGGAAUUUUCAUCUGACAUGGGAAGCCGUACUGUUAAACGAAUCACUGACGUUUCAAAACUUCGAAAUUAUCAAUUUCCACAGGAUGCUGGGCCCAUGGCUCAUCCAGUGCGACCACACUCUUACAUCAAGAUGGACAACUUCUACACAGUGACGGUCUAUGAGAAGGGGGCUGAAGUUGUCAGAAUGUACAAAACCUUGUUGGGAAAUCAAGGGUUUCGAAAAGGCAUGGAUUUAUAUUUUAAGAGACAUGAUGGGCAAGCAGUGACGUGUGAAGAUUUUUUUGCUGCAAUGCGAGAUGCAAAUCAUGCAGAUUUUGCAAAUUUCUUACUCUGGUACUCACAAGCUGGAACCCCUAUUGUCAAAGUGAAUUCCUCUUAUAAUCCUGAAGCACAUACUUUUUCUUUAAAAAUUAGUCAAGAGAUUCCACCAACUCCAGGACAAGCAGUUAAGGAACCUAUGUUCAUUCCUCUGGCAGUAGGUUUGCUUGAUUCUACAGGCAAGGACAUUCCUCUUUCAACUAUAUAUCAUGAUGGAACUUUGCAGUCUCUUUCACGAGAUGGUCAACCUGUCUACACUACAGUUCUUCAGCUCACCGAGAAAGAAGACGAAUUUGUGUUCUCAGAUAUAUUUGAGAGGCCUGUCCCAUCUCUAUUACGGGGAUACAGUGCUCCAGUCCGUCUUGAAUCAGAUCUCACUGACAGUGACCUGUUUUUCCUACUGGCUAAUGAUUCAGAUGAAUUUAACCGUUGGGAGGCUGGGCAAAUUCUGGCUCGUAAGCUGAUGCUCAGCUUGGUGGAUGAUUUCCAACAUAACAAACCAUUAGUUCUGAAUCAAAAAUUUGCGGAUGGUUUUAAGAGCAUUCUAUCUGACUCAAGCCUGGAUAAAGAAUUUGUUGCAAAGGCUAUAACUUUGCCUGGUGAGGGAGAAGUAAUGGACAUGAUGGAGGUUGCAGAUCCUGAUGCUGUUCAUGCUGUUCGAACUUUUAUCAGGAAACAGCUUGCAAGUGAACUGAGAGCAGAAUUCCUCAGCACACUUAAAGAUAAUAGGAGCUAUGAAGAGUAUGUGUUCAAUCAUCCUAACAUGGCCAGACGUGCUUUGAAAAAUAUUGCUCUUGCAUAUCUUGGCUGCCUAGAGGAUCCAGAGAUCACCAACCUUUUGCUGCAUGAGUAUAAUGCUGCCACAAAUAUGACUGAGCAAUUUGCAGCUUUGGCAGCCAUAGCUCAAAACCCUGGUAAAACUCGUGAUGACGUUCUUGCUGACUUCUAUGGCAGGUGGCAGCGUGACUUCCUGGUGGUGAAUAAGUGGUUUGCGCUUCAAGCAAUGUCUGACAUUCCUGGAAAUGUUGAGAAUGUGAAGCAACUGUUAAAUCACGCAGCAUUUGACGUGCGCAAUCCAAACAAAGUUUACUCACUCAUUGGAGGUUUCUGUGGAUCUCCAGUGAACUUCCAUGCAAAGGAUGGAUCAGGCUACAAGUUUUUGGGAGAAAUUGUGCUUCAACUUGACAAGAUCAACCCUCAAGUCGCCUCGCGACUGGUGUCUGCCUUCUCUAGAUGGAAGCGUUAUGACGAAAACAGACAAAAACUUGCCAAGGCCCAGCUGGAGCUAAUCAUGUCAGCUAAUGGACUGUCAGAGAAUGUGUAUGAGAUUGCGUCCAAAAGCUUAGCUGUUUAAAAACAUCCAUAAAAUGUGAAAGCACCGAAGUUUUCUUCACUUUAGUUUGAUGUAUUGUGGGCUUACGCCACCACCUUAGCUGCUCUCCCUUCUUUUCGUGUUUCUUGUACCUGCUUUCAAUCUCUGGGGAUGUUUUGUUUUCGUUACCUUUGAUAUAAAGUGGUGGUUGAUAUGAUAAAAACCCCUUUAUUUAUGAGAAAAUUUAUGAUGUUCAA